GCGCUCAUCUCCCCCCUCACCAUGACAACGACAGAUUUCUAGCAUCGUCAGAGAGCAAACCGUCAGCCCCUGAUUAAGAGACGAAUAUUAUGAAACAUAUCGUCUUUUACGGCAGUAUUACGGAGUUUUAUUUCACGUAGGCAGGUUAACGUGGCCGUGUGGACCCUCAUGCGUCGAAGACCAGCCGGAGGCAGAAGAGGGAGACGCCGUUUAACUGCGUGAACAACAUGGCUCUUCUACAGCAUCCCUGUCUGCUGCUCGCUUGUGUUGUGCUGCUGACAGCAGCCCGACGUACCGACGCCCGGUCUCUGCCGUUAUCGGAUUUAAAGUCCAAAAUAUCAGGGGUGGAGGAGCUGCUGGAGGAAUUCCGCAAGCAGCUCCAGCAAGACCAGACGUACAGGGCAGGCGAUGUGGUUGACUCCUGUGUGGGCGACUUCAACGCAGUCGGGGAGCGCAUCAUCCGGGCCAAGGCCUCCAUCGAGCAGGGAGCCACCUUCCUGCUGGCCCCGGACAGGGUGUACACCUGGAAGGACUGUCUGCACGCCUGCUGCUCCCAGCCUCACUGCACCGUGGCGGUGGUCCAGCAGGACCUGAGGCAGCCCGGGGACAGUCUCAGCUGCUACCUGUUCAACUGCACCUACAGGAAUAAAAACGUCUGCUCGUUCGCCCCGCAGCAAGGCUUCACCACCUACAGCCGGACGCCCAACGCGACGCAGGGACACCUCCCUGUUUCCCCCGGCAGCUCGGCCCGGAGGCCCGGGGAAGGUCAUCCCGAUGAGCAGGAUGCACAAGAUGUGGAUGAGCCUCCUCGCAGUGACGCUGGACAGGAUGUGGUGAUCCAGCUGCCAGACUGGGCCGUCCUGGAUGGACGGGACAGUGUAGACGACCACGAGAUCAGCCACUAUGAAUGGACUCUCAUCAAGGGGGACACAGCCAUCAAUAUGAAGGCGACUCAUCCAGGGCUGCUGAAGAUCAGUGGCCUCCAGGAGGGAGUCUACUCCUUCCAGAUGACUGUCACUGACACAGCGGGGCAGAAGAGCUCUGACAACGUCUCUGUCACUGUGCUUGCACCAAAACACCAAGCAGAAGUGUGCACAGGCAGAUGCUCAAGGUACCAGUUCAAGUGUGAUGACGGUUGCUGUAUUGACAUCACCUACGCCUGCGAUGGAAAGCAACAUUGUUCUGACCGCUCUGAUGAAGACUUCUGCCAAAUCUUUGACAGCAACAGGAAGUCAGUGACCCACCCUGCUGAUCUGUCAAACUCUCAUCGGCCUGUAGCGCAGACAGAGCAGACAGAGCAGUCAGAGGAUGGCUCCAUGCUGCAGACUGGGCCAAGAAAGACCGUUCAGAACAUCCCACCACCUCAGGACAGGAGCCAGGCCGCUCCCCCACAAAGUCCCAGUCAGCAGGAGGCUUCAGUCAGUGAAGAUCCAUGUGCUGCAGCUCCAGUUGUCGGACCGUGUAAAGGCACCUUCCCACGCUGGUACUACGACCAAAAUGCAGGAGAAUGCAAACACUUUCUGUAUGGUGGUUGCCAGGGCAACCAUAACAACUUCCUCCAGGAAUCUGACUGUGUCAGUGAAUGUAUACAAAAAGGUCCAGCUUUCAAACCAGCAACUGUGGCUCCUCCAGUCACCAAACAGACUGAGAUAGCUGCACCUAAAGUCUCCCAGAGCCAAGCAGAGAGCGACGUCCCCAUCUCCAAACCUUUCCCAGUUAGAGGAGGGCAUCCAGUACCAGAGUCAGGUGCGAUACUCCCUCUGGCUCUUGGCCUGAUCAUCACCGCUCUGCUGCUGCUCAUGAUCGGCUGUCGUCUGAGACUCGUUCGACACAAGAUGAAGAAAGCUCGACCCCUCACCACAGAGGAGUCAGAUUACCUCAUCAAUGGCAUGUACCUGUAGCCAAUCAGCCGGGGGCUGCAAAUUCAAGAGCUCCGAGAUCUGAAAAAAAGAGAAACAUAGGUAUGUUGUUGCCAGGGCCUGAGCCAGGACUUUUUGAAUUUGCACUCUCUAAUUUGUUCGGGUUGAAAACGUCCCAACUCUGCUGUCAUAAACGUUUCUGAACAUCCUGACACUGGACUGGUGAAUCCACUGCUGAUAGCUGCUGUCUUCAAAGCAAUUCACUCAUAUUCAGAUGCUUGUGAAUUCAUAUUUAUGACGUUUUAAGAAACUCUGAUUGUGAAUGCACAAUGGAAGAGUCAACAUUCCCAGUGCAAUACUGAUAAACAUCUGUCUACAUUCCCCCAAGGACUCCUGGGACACAUACAGUACAAGAGACUCUUUUGUCUCCAUUAUUAGGAUUCAUUUUAUUCCUAAACCACAGGUUACUCUUUAGAUACACUGGUGAUGCAAAAACACGUACUAGAUUUCUGCCACAGGGGGGCCUGUUUGUGCUGUACAUGUUACCCGAGUUAACUGAGGGGCAGAAGAGUAACACACUGGAGUGCCUGGUACACUGCUCCUUUUUGACUGAUUAGGAAUCAGACACAAAUUACCAGUAUUCUUAGUUCCUCAAAAGCAUAUAAAGCCAUAGCGAAUCUAUUGGUCAAAAUCUAUUCCUGUCUUCUUUUUUUUUCGAAGCAAACUUAUGUGGAGUGUCUACUAUAUUUGCACACAUGUAUUCCCUCAAAGUGCUGUCUUUAAUGUGAGAUAUUAAAGUUUAUUAUAUAUCACAAAACACUGGUGGGAUCCGUUGACAAAGUAACAAAGAAAUGUAUUAUGUCUUUUCCAACUUCAUUAGCACAUAAUUAACUGCCAAAACUACCAUUGAAGACUGUGAUGUCAUUAGUUGUUCAUUGUUAAUUUUAAAAGAUGUGGUUUACUGUAUUUUCAUGUUCACUGCCAUGACUUCCCCAGGCCUGAAUGAAGAAGUUGAUUUUAAAAACUUUUUUAUGAAGCUAUUUAUCACCAUUGCAUUUUCCCCCUUUUUUUCUUUCUUUACAAUCAAUUUACUAUUUUUGCACUGGACAUAUUACCCCGUCUACCACGUAGUAUGACGUAAGAUGUCACGUGACAGCACAACAAGGAAAUGUACCUCCGUUGUCACACCUGUGCAGGAUCACGACGCCCUGACAAGGGCCUCUGCCCUGGAGCGCGUCCGCGUUUUGCCCUACUUUUCUGUUCUUUAUUACUUUUUUUUUCUUCUCUCCGAUACGACAGUACCUGUGACUGUUUCAAAAGACCGCCCCGCCACGUUCAAGGCACAUAAAUCACCCCCAUCAAGGGCUUCAUUUUGGUGCUGCCAUCCUCCAUCUUGUCGUACUGCUCCAACA